AUGAUUUUGGGCAAAGAGUUAAAGAGUGGGCAACUGAAUCUGGACCUGAGCGUGGUUCCAGCCAAUAUAAACCCGCAACUCCGAUUUAUCGAUAAUAUUUUCAAAGAAUUGUGCGGUGGCUCCAUCAUUUCUAAUCAGUGGGUUCUGACUACUGCUCACUGCACUUACAAUCUGAGAUCCGUGAACGUAAUAUUCGGGACCACCGACCUUAAUAACCGCAGACUCACUCUAACUAUUGAUAGCAGCAAUUUCCACCCACAUAAUGAUUUUCAUUAUCCCCAACGCGAGAACGACAUCUGUUUGAUCAAAACACCCAAUGUUGAGUUCAACGACUUCAUCAAGAAGGUAGUGUUGCCUCCAAUUGCCACCAGUCACUCCACCUUUGAUGGAGAGAAUGCUGUCAUCGCAGGUUGGGGCAAGACCUCUGACUCAAGUCGCAUCGGUACCAACAAUCUGCAGUACGCGGACUUUGAAAUUAUAGACUAUGACACGUGUAAGAUAUUCUUCCGGAACGUAGUCCCAACAACCAUAUGCGUUGAAACACCCAGAAGGAGAUCCCCUUGCACAGGGGACUCAGGCGGUCCUCUGGUACUGCUAAGUAACAAACAACAGGUUGGGGUUAUGUCAUAUGUUUCUGCUACAGGUUGCGAGACAGGUUUUCCUGCUGUCUUUACUCGAGUCACUAGCUACUUGGAAUGGAUCAAGGAUAUCUCUGGCGUUUACUACUAAAUGCAUUUUUUUAUGAAAUUUUAACUAAAAGAACAAAAUUAAU